GAGAGCUGGGUGUGCAGGCACCUGUGGGAUUUUGGGAUCCCCUUGGCCUUUCCGCCGAUGGCGACAUGGACACGUUCAAGCGACGAAGGGCCGUCGAGCUGAAGCACGGACGCAUCUGCAUGUUGGCUUGCACCGGCUACAUCAUCCCGGAGUACUUCAGAUGGCCGGGAUUCCUGUCCCCAGAGAAGGGCCUCAAGUUCAGCGAGAUGCCACACGGAAUUGCAGCGAUUUCCAAGGUACCACUGGAAGGCUGGCUGCAGAUCGUGCUGUUCAUCGGCCACUACGAGGGUUAUUUCUGGCGGCAG